GUUGCCCGAAAGCAACGUUAAAUGCACUUCUCCUGGCCCGUUUAGCGAUGUUACAGCCGAAGAGCUAAAUCGUAAACGAAGAUGAGCUCUCGCGAAAUUAUGACGUUGACGGAUGUCUGUGACGUUGUCGCAUGUCAGUAACGCAUUUACGAGACAUUUGCGAAACGAAACAUUUGUCCAUGUAUAUUUGACUAAAAUAAUAUAGAAAAUAGAAUUGGUGGAUAACGAUGCAGUUUCGACAUUUAUACUUACGUAUUUGUCGUUCAAAUGUUUGAAAGCAUGACUCUGGGGGCGGGACUAGUGACGGGAUCUGUCGUUCACUUGAGUAAACGAAUCCAUUCCGGUUCAAAAAAAAAAAAAAAAAGAAUCCAUUCCGGUUCGUUCAGUAAAAAGAUUCGUUCAAACAAAUCGUUCAACGAAUCGUUCGCCCCCUCAUCUCCCUCCCCGCCCAAACGAAUCGUUCGGUUACUGAACGGGAAGUGACGUUGCCGAACGAAUCACCAAAGACCGCUUCGCAGUAUAACUGAACGGGAAGUGACAUUGCUUGGUCCCUCCCUCUCUUGUACACAGCGGCGGGACUUAUUUCUAGCGCGAAUUUUGUAAAGAGCCGGGAAAUUUUCCAUUCUCAUUCAUUACACUGCAGGGUGUUCUUCCCUCACGACCUCGGUGGAGAUACUUGGUCGUCGAUUUUAAUUUUGUUUGUGCUUGUUUUUUUGGUGUGGGUUUUAACUUUUGAAAACAUGCCCGCCCUAGAGGUUGCAGAUGCUUGCUACGUUUCUCCAUCCAAGAGGUUCAAAAGCAACCCUGCCGAAGAUACGUCAGUUCUUCGCUUUGCAAAACUUUCCGAACAUGCGACCAGACCUACCAGAGGCUCUGCAAAAGCUGCUGGAUAUGACCUCUAUAGUGCAUAUGAUUAUUCUAUUGGUCCAAUGGACAAAGCCAUUGUGAAAACUGAUAUCCAGAUAGCAGUGCCACAUGGCUGUUACGGCAGAGUUGCACCGAGAUCUGGACUUGCAGCUAAGCACUUCAUCGAUGUUGGAGCUGGUGUUGUUGAUGAGGACUACAGAGGGAAUGUUGGCGUUGUUCUGUUUAACUUUGGCAAGGAGACAUUUGAAGUUAAAAAAGGCGAUCGAGUCGCUCAGCUGGUGUGUGAGAGAAUCGUCUACCCGGACCUAGUUGAGCAGGAGACACUUGAUGACACAGAGCGUGGGACAGGCGGGUUUGGGUCAACUGGACGCAACUGAAGUUUUGAACGUCUUCAAUUUUAGUUUUUACUGUACUUAUUAAUUAUUAAAUAUGCAAUUUGUACAUCUGUCUGCAAUAUCUAAUUUUCUGUUAUCAUUAGUUUUGAGCAUAAUAUGUCUUAGCAAUAUUGCUUUUGUCCACACAGAAGAAAUACCCCUCAUUUUUAGAUUUUCUUUGUAAUGAAAGAUGACGGAAUACUAAAGAAAAAAACAACAACAGCAUGAACAUCUCAAACACUCACUCUCCUCUUACUCGUAGGGGUUGCAUUAAUAAAGUUAGAAGCUGCCCCCGAGCAGCAGAUAGCAUGCUCUUUACACAUGGGGGCAGAACAGGACAAACUUUCCAUGAAGAUCAGUCGACUAUAAAUAAAGCUAUUUUAAUUCUACUGAAGCACAUUAACGCAUAAACAAAUUAAGUCCAAGUGACCGAAAUUUUAAAAUCACAAAACUAAAGCCUUAAAAAUGUAUAACUACAAAGCCCAUCAUUUACCAUAAAUGGAAAGUUAAGCAAAAUAUUCAAUAAGUUCCGUAGCAAGCAGCACAUUUCAGUUUAGGCUAUAUAUGUUAACACUUUCAGUACCAUUGAAGAUGAUAGGCGUCCAGUCAUGUGGCUGUUCAUCUUUCUGUGAAUUUAUAUGAAGUUUGUCACAAGAACAAAUAUUCAUUUGAUGCUAGCCCCUCCCAUUUCAAAUCAAUUAGACAUCUAUUGCUGUCAAUGGCACCCAAUGAGUUUAGCUAAAAAAAAAAAUUCAUAUCCACCUUUGAGACACAUCUCAGUAGUUGCUGUUUCAUCUUCCUAUAUUUUGGGCCAUAUGGCAAAUGAACUUAAUAUACAUGUACAGCUUCUGUAGUGGAUAAAGCGCAAAUAUAAUAGGUGCACACUGUUUGAAGUUACUAUACCUGUUAUUUCUCCUGUUUGGACUUGAUAAGUCUUUGGUUGGGCGAAAUGGAACAUUGUGUAGCGGAUUAUUUUAUUCGUUGUUGUGUCAUUUAUCCUAAUGUUGUAUUUACCUGCCUGUGUACAGCCAAAAGCCGAACACUUCUCUCGUUUUCUUCAUGUCGUUUCCCCAAGUAAACUCCGUGUAUGAAAGUUAUAAACUACACAACUGCGUGGUAGCACACCUGCAGAGCAGAAGACUGGGAUAGCCACACCAUGUCAAAGAAUGGCAAGAUAAUAUGAUUUUUGCAGAUGAAGAUAGAAAAAUCAACCUUGCUCUCCAGUCCAGUCCAACAGAGACCCCUCGUGGCUAUUCUUAGUAACUUUACAGGGCUCGUGCGUAAAAGUGACACUAAAAGCACAAAAUACUCCUUAAAUGGUUUCUCCUAAAUGUGUAUUUUACCUAAGUAUUGUUAUUAUCACAAUAAAUCAUGUCCAAGAGCCGACUGCCA